GUCACCUUGUCUAACCGAGGUCAACACGGUGUCAGCGUGAUCCAAAUACAAAACUGGUGCACAUUGCCAAGACAAAAUCUGAUUCUUCUCUGUAAACUCUGUGUUGAUGAGGCUGGAUGUAAGCAGAUGGUUAAAAGAGGUCUUGUGCUCAAGUUGAAGGGCAUUUGGUACACUUGUCAUGCCGAGACAGAUCGGGCUCUGGUCAUUGAAGCAUUGGCUAGAAUGGCCAGAUUUAAUCGCCCAGCGGACAAGCUUUGCUACGAAGGUUUCCUGACUUGCUUGGUGGAGGGGUUCUGUGAUGAAGAGCACAGAGAACACAUUCUAGAGGUUGUCUUUAACUUAGGGAAAAAACAUUUACCACAAAUGUUGGAUGCAGGACUUCUACAGAAAGUUGUGUUCAGUUUUGGGGAAAAAACUUUUGACAAGAAACUUGUUCCAGCAGUCCUGUCAAUACUGGCGUCUUUCAGUGCUAAUGAUCAAGUCAGAGAUUUGCUGUUGGAGAAUGAAGGCCAAGCCUACACUCUAGUGUUGGACACGGCUUUCCUGACCAGUGACGUCAGCUUGUUACAGUCCUGUAUCAGCAUCAUCAGCAAGAUGAGCACAUCAGUGGUCUCGUGUCAGCUACUAGAGAGCAACAUGUUGUUGCUAGUGGCCUACAUAGACAAGCUGUUAAAGACUGGACCUGAUAGUGUCCUUCUUCAUGGCCUGAUGCAGCUUCAGGAUUAUCUUCAAGUUCCAUUUUUGUUGAAAGCCUUCCUGGAGCACCAUGUCCAGCGGGUGGUUGAGAUCUUGUGCUGGCCACCUCACACAGCAUCUGUACAGUACCUGGCUAGGCAGGUGCUUCAACUGCUCACAGGAGUUCCAGGUAGACACGAUAGAGUCACAGAUCAGAUGGUUCAUGAUGUCACAAAACAAACAUCAGAUGACAGCAAGGAUGAUAGGAUCAAAGAAUUGUAGGAGCAUCAUGGGCUGCUCAGGGUCAGACUGACGUCUUCAGACUUUGGGAAAAUUCAUGAGGAUGGGGCUACUGUUUUUAUUCAAGCCAAUGUGAGUUACAUUGAAAUAUGAAAGUUGAUUCUCAACAAUUUUCUACUUAUCUGUCAAGUUUUUAGAGAUAAAGACUUUAUGAGCAAUAAUUUAGAACCAUUCUGUUAUAUUGGAGUACCAAAUAAUUUUUGUACAUACAACAGCGUUUUGUACCAUUAUACAUGACUUGUCAACUUUGAAAAGGCGUUUGACAGUGUGAAUUGAGACGUUAUCUGGAAGCUAAUGAGCCAACAUGGAAUGCCCAAAAAAUGUAUAUCUAUCACAUAGAAACUAUAUGAAGACUCCUCCUGUCUGGUAAUACACAAAGGAAAACUAACAAACCUCUUUACAGUGAAGAUGGGAGUGAGACAGGAAUGUUUGCUAACGCCAAUGAUAUUGUUGAUGGUAAUUGACUGGAUCAUGCUGAGGGCCACAAAAAAAGACACAGGAAUCCAGUGGAGUUUCACCAAAAGGCUGGAAGAUCUAGAUUUUUACCGAUGACAUCUGCCUACUAUCUCACAAGCAGCAACAUGCACAAGCCAAACUGAAUUGGCUAUCUGAAGAAUCCUCCAAAGUUGGACUAAAAAUCAACAAAAGUAAAACAGAAGUCAUCAGAAUCAAUAAAAGCCAGGACCUGCCCAUACAGCUAAAAGGAGAAGAUUUACCAGAAACACAUUCACAUAUCUCGGAAGCUUGAUCAAUAAGGACGGAGGAUCAGACGAGGACAUAAAAUGCCAUAUCAACAAGGAUAGAUGUGCCUUCAACUCACUGUGCCCAAUAUGGAAGUGCAUAUCCCUGUCACUCCAGAGCAUGAUAAAAAAUUUUAAUACAAGGAAGGUUACAAAGGUAAAGCCAGAUAGGUUACAGUCUUUACAAAUAAAUGCUUACGACAGAUCCUUAAAAUAAGAUGGCCAGACAGAAUACCAAACAAAGACCUGUGGUAAAAUACAAAACUGCAGCCAACAUAGAAGAAUAUCAAGGCCUGUAAAUAGGGAAGAAGGAAAUAUUGUAAAAAAUGGACUGGAAUCCCCAGGGAAAAAGGAAAGUGGGCCGGCCAAAGAAAACAUGGAAAAGAAUGGUAGAGGAAGAGGCUAAGACAGCUGGGCUCACAUGGGCACAGAUAAAGGGAGCAGCCCAAAACAGAGUCUGCUGGAAAAGUGUAACUGCGGCCCUCUGCUUCCAGGGGCUACAAAGGAAAAAUGAUGAAUGAUGUUUUAUACCUUGCCAUUAUUUUUUUGUUUGUACCAUUGUAUAUUUGUAUGACCAAAUGGGGCGUUAGGUAGUUCUGGCUGUGUAGGCCAUGUAUGUACCAUCAAUAGAGGUAGUUCAUCCCACUGGGUUGAAGUUGAUACCAGACAAUGGAGCAUGGGCUCAUCCAUGGGUAAUGUCCACACAAAAACAUCAACAAAACAUCCCUACCCUCACGCUUCUCAUCUGGACAAACUCACCAAAAUGUUGACUUUCUUCAAGAUGGACAAAUGAGAUUUUGUACACAGGUCAAAACAAAAAAUGAAGGGUCAGUUAUUUUUGUAAUUAUCCUGUGCACCCUUCCAAUGUGUUGCUUUUCCCUAGACUAAUACACUGUCAACAUUAUUUUGUACUUUUUUAUAAUAAUUAUAUUACCAUUUCUAAAUCACAUUUAAAAAGGUAGAUCAUUGUGUAGGGUUAACAUGAAUUAACCUGCUGAUAAUUUUUUUACAAAUAUAAUGUUCAUCAAGUUUAUGUAUCAUUCAUCUAGCAGUCACAAGACAUCAUUCAAUUCUUCAACAUUUUUAUAGAGUUUUUAAUAAUACUUGAAAUAAAAUUUCU